UGAAACACUACAUAUCAACAUAUUAUAUAUCGUCAUAUACAUGGCGCUGUGUGUUUUGCUUCCAAUACUGGUUAUUUACGUGUUUCAGAGCGAUCUUUCUUCCGUAAAUAACCGAAAUUUCCAUUCUCAAUGGCGUAGGAAGAAUACAGAGAUUGGGGGGCGGGCUCCAACUUUCAAGGACACUUUUGGUUAAAAAUAUGAAUAGGGACGAUUUUAUUGCCAAAGCACCAAGGACACAACUAGUGAGUAGUGACUGUAGUGUGGUUUAUAUUCAUCAUGGUCUACACAAAGAUUAGGAACGGGCUUUCUCCCGGGUCAUUCUGCCUCGAAGGAAACAGGCAAUUUCUAUGUUCUGGGGAGUGACGGUAUUUACGUGAUUGAUCCAGAGGCGAAAGCUGUUGUUGCUAAUAUAACCAACACUACAGAACCAGGACUGUGCACACAUGAACUUUUCGGAGCCCGUUGCUGGUUCAGUCAGGUUUGCGUUGUUGACGACACAGUUUUCGUGGGGGACAUGCAUAGAUAUAAUGUGCUAAUGAUUGAUAUCAGAACACGGAGGAAAAUUGGAACUAUCCCAACAGCCAGGGAACCGUUGCGUUUGUACUUUUUGCAGUGGCGCAAGGAAGUCUGGGUACAUUUUGCUGACGUUCAUUACUCGUUUACUGUCAUCAAAACUGAGGACCGUAACAGCAGCAAUGUUUUAUCUGGUCGGAUUCAAUCAGUCAACUUAGCCGAUGAGAUGAUUGCUGACCAAGAUAUGCUGGAAGGAAAAACGGCCUUCGUCACAACUUUUUCUUAUCCCGGCAUCAAAGAAUUAAAUUUGGAAACGAAGAACUACACGAACUUUCGUAACUUCGCGGGGUAUGGCUGCGCUGGAACAUCGGGAAUUGCAUAUAACUCUUACAACAAACACUUGUAUGUGGGUUGUAGAAAACCAUAUCAAAGACGAAGUACGUUGAUACUCGAACUAGACACAGUCACUGAUACCACAAAAAAUUGGAGCCUUCCCGGCGUUCCAUUUGUUUCUCCUGACGGUCGGUUUGUUGUGCUCCUUUAUCGCACGGAGACGGUGACGAAUAAACAAUUUAGUCGAAUAAAUAUUUUAGCUGUGAAUGGGACACGGUUUAACGCCAGUUAUUACGCGGACCUUCAUUUUCCCGGUUGGGUAUCUAAUCCAGUUUUUUACCCCAAAGGGGAAACGUCGGGUAGCUACUUCCUAUUCCUUGCUCUUGAGUACACAAACAAAAUGGCCGUCGUUGACUUAGAAUUAGCAAAAACCGGCAACAUCUCUUAUGUGAAAUAUAUCGAAGACGUCGACUCAUACAAGUCAGGAUUUUCGUGGGAAAGCCGGAGCGACUGGUUUGUCGCCGAAAAAUGGAUCAUAUCUCCCAUAACCGUAAACAAAACGGUGGUGAUUAUUAACGCAGAGACCCAAAAGAUUCACGCGAAGAUUAGGGGAGUGAACGGUGCACAUUUUGCAGUCUGGGUUCCAGCGUCUACCUCGAGUGUGACUUCUGGGCCAACCCCGAGUGUGACUUCUGGGCCAGCCCCGAGUGUUACUUCUGGGCCAACCCCGAGUGUUACUUCUGGGCCAGCCCCGAGUGUGACUUCUGGGCCAACCCCGAGUGUUACUUCUGGGCCAGCCCCGAGUGUUACUUCUGGGCCAACCCCGAGUGUUACUUCUGGGCCAGCCCCGAGUGUGACUUCUGGGCCAACCUCAAGUGAGAGUCCCAGACCCACCACCACUGGAUAUUCCCAGAACACCACCAGUGGAACAUUUGGUAUAGGUCGCCCGAGUUGUUUGAUUUUUCUUAUGAUUUUGUAUGCUUUCUUGUAAAGUCUUGAAUCAAUACAGGGUGAACAUAAUUGAGGUGAAUAAUAGUAGGUGAAAUGUAAACAUUUGACAUCGAACACUUUUUAGCCAUAAAUUUUACUGUAAUUAGAUCUAAAGCUCUUGAUUACUUUGGGAAUAUUGUUUUAAUAAA